UCUCACAGGCAGAAUUAAAAUUUAGAUUGUGUGUGCAGAGCCUGGAGGUAUUUUUUUAAAUGAUGAGGGGGUGAUUACUUAAAGGAGAAGCAUUUGAAAAGCUAUUAAAGCAAAUAGCAUGUACUUGUCAAAGACUCAAAGGGAAAGAAAGCGAGAGAGAAGCAGCUGUUGGAGGAGGAGAGUGAAACAAAGACGGAGCAGGGGGCUGUCCUUACUUGCUCUUCACUGCUAGAACUGUAUGUGCGAAGAGGCAGUGGGAGAACAGGAGCUGGAGUGGGAACAAGGGAGGAAAAGAGCAGUGAGCAGCAUGUUUGGCAUGUAAAGGGACGUCUGACAUUGUCUCUGAGUGAGUUCUUGGUCUGUUUGUUUGUUUCCUGUGCUGCACACUCUUGGUUGUGGGGCGAUGCUGCAGAGGUGGACUCUUCUCUGGCUCUUUGCUCUCCUGCUCGGGGUGAUGGGACUCCCAGUGUCAGGCUCCGACUUCCAGCAUCACCGAUACGAGGACAUGGUGCAAGCCCUGCUGGCAGUGCAAAACGAGUGCCCGUACAUCACUCGCAUCUACAGCAUCGGGCGUAGCGUGAACGGCAGACACCUCUACGUGCUGGAGUUCAGUGAUAACCCGGGUAUCCACGAAGCAUUGGAGCCUGAGUUCAAGUAUGUGGGCAACAUGCACGGCAACGAGGUGCUUGGCCGUGAACUCCUCAUUAAGUUCUCCCAGUUCCUCUGUGAAGAGUAUCGGGCCGGAAACCAGCGAAUCAUGAGGCUGAUCCAUGAUACACGCAUUCACAUCCUGCCCUCCAUGAACCCUGAUGGCUACGAAGUGGCAGCCAGACAGGGUCCAGAGCUGAAUGGCUAUCUGGUUGGACGAGGGAAUGCCAGGGAGAUUGAUCUGAACCGGAACUUUCCAGACCUGAAUGCACUCAUGUACUACUACGAGAAAAACAACGGACGUAACCACCACCUUCCUCUGCCGGACAACUGGGAACAUCAGGUUGAACCAGAGACUUUAGCGGUCAUCAAAUGGAUGCAAAACUACAACUUUGUCCUGUCUGCCAACCUCCAUGGUGGAGCCGUAGUGGCCAAUUAUCCCUUCGACAAGUCGCGAGACCCCCGCAUCCGAGGACGGACCAUGUAUUCAGCAACUCCAGACGACAAGAUCUUCAGGCAGUUGGCAAGGACGUACUCAUACGCUCACGGCUGGAUGCACAAAGGCUGGAACUGUGGAGACUACUUUAAUGAGGGGAUCACCAAUGGGGCCAGCUGGUACUCCUUGUCUAGAGGCAUGCAAGACUUCAACUACCUGUACACCAACUGCUUUGAGAUCACUCUGGAGCUGAGCUGUGAUAAGUUUCCUCCUGAAUCAUCGCUGCCCCGAGAAUGGCUCGGCAACCGAGAAGCACUGGUUUCAUACCUGGAACAGGUGCAUCACGGGUUAAAAGGCAUGGUGUAUGAUGAGAACAACAACCCCAUCAGUAAAGCUGAGAUCUCGGUGGCUGGGAUCAACCAUGAUGUCACCAGUGGAAAUGAUGGUGACUAUUUCAGACUCCUGCUCCCAGGCACGUACACAGUGAAAGCCUCGGCUCCAGGUUACCACCCAUCCACCAGCACCGUGACGGUGGGACCAGCUGAGGCCAUACAGCUUCACUUUUACCUGAAAAAAGCUCCUAAACAAAGCCACAAAAUGAAGCCUCACCACGGCAAGAAGAACCUUUCCUCUCACAAGAAUCCACUCAAACUGGGCCCAAGAUGAGACAUCUCUCUCUCUCUCACACACACACACACACACACAUACACACACACACACACACACACACACACACACACACACACACACACACACACACACACACACACACACACACACACACACACACACACACACACACACACACACACACACACACACACACACACACACACUCUGAAGGUCUAGUAAACACACUCCUACAACUGAUCCGUAUAAAUGAUGUAUGUUUAUCAUGUACCUCUGUAGUUUUGGGGUAAUGUGUGUUAAAAACUGUUGAUUAUGAGUUGUGUGACUGUAAUAAGGAUUUUUGCCAGCCUUGUGUAUUUAUGUAGCAGUGUUGAUAUGUAUGGUAUGAACACAAAUGACCUAUAUGUGUACAAAGACCUUCUCGUUUGUUUUGAUUUCAACAAUUUGAUGAGAAAUGUAAAAGGAAUUAAAAGGACAUUUUUACAAUUUUUA